AUGAUGGUUACAUUUAGAUGGAUAGAAAUGUUUCUGUUCUUUAUACUCAUGCUUCAGUUUGGAGGAGUAAAUAGUGGAGAUCUUCCACUCUCCUUCACUGUCAGAGAUGGAGAUAAAGUCACUUUGCCUUGUGAAACUCUCAUCAACAACCAUCACAACUGUGACACUACUGUCUGGCUCUUCACUGAUUCAAGAGGCACACCAGCAGUAGAGCUGGUUUAUCUUGGACAAAUCAAAGAACAGAAAUCAGACAGACUGAGUGUUACAGCAGAAUGCUCACUGGUUAUAAAGAAGGUCACAGCUGAGGAUGUUGGUCGUUACACCUGCAGACAGUUUAGAGGCAAUCCAGGGAGACCGCAAGGUCCAGAUGCUGUGGUUUAUCUGUCUGUUGUUAGCAGUGAGAAAUCAAAUACUGCAACAACAAUAAAAUCAGAAACUACAACUGGAAACACAACAAAAGAGCUGGAAAUCAUGGAUGAUUCAACAAAAUUACAAGGCUCAUGCUGGUACAGGCUCAUCAUAGUGCCUCUGGGUUUAGCAGCACUUAUAGCAGCUGUUGUGGUCAUCAACAUCUGGACAAGAACUGGUGAGAAUGUUCACACAUAA